GCUUUUAAAAAGUAGAGGUCUUGACUGGAAAAAUACAAGCAGCUGAUCGUAAGCGACAAGGAUAAAAGUUCCGUUUUUAGCAGUUUAUAAAUUCAACUGUGAAACGCAAUAAUCGAAAAUGCUAAGAUUAAAAAAGAGCUUCGAUUAUUCAAUAUCGAUCUUGAGAAAUUAUGCUCAUGUUACACUUAAAAAUGGAUGUAGGGCAAGCUCUACAUACAAUCAGGUCAUAAAUCCUUUUCCCGCCACGUAUAAAGACGUCUAUGAAAAAUCGUUGAAGAAUCCAGAAGAGUUUUGGGCAGAGGCUGCUGAGCAAAUUAGCUGGUUCAAAAAAUGGGAUAGGGUCCUGGAUAAUUCCAAUGAGCCAUUCACUAAAUGGUUCGCUGGAGGUGAAUUAAAUACAGUCUAUAAUGCCGUGGAUCGUCACGUGGACAACGGCUUUGGCGAUUCCCUAGCUAUUAUACACGAUAGUCCAGUUACAAAUACAAUAAGAAAGAUGACAUUCAAGGAAUUACAAGAAGAAGUCUCCAAAUUUGCUUUUGUCUUGAGGAAACACGGUAUUGAAAAAGGUGACAGAGUCUUAAUUUAUAUGCCAAUGGUACCAGAAGCAGUUGUUGCUAUGUUAGCAAUUGCCAGAAUAGGAGCUGUUCAUUCGUUGGUCUUUGGAGGAUUUGCCUCUAAAGAAUUGGCCAGUAGAAUAAGUCAUGCUCAAGUUCGUGUGUUAAAUAUGCAAAUUAAUUUCAAUGUUAUGAGGGGAAAGGAUGCGGGAAGAUGUUGGCCGAAAUUAAUUGUUAGCUGCAACUGUGGAGUAGAACCGAAUAGGAUCGUCGAUUACAAACCACUUCUAGACAUGGCCAUUGAAUUCUCCUCCUUUAAGCCUCAGACAUGCAUUAUAUAUAAUCGUAAAGAAACGGAUUUUGCGGACGCCCCUUUGGUGAAAGGUAGAGACGUAUGCUAUCAAGAAGAGAUGAGUGGAGCUAGAAGUGUCGAUUGUGUUCCAGUUUCCGCUACAGAUCCCCUAUAUAUUCUAUAUACAUCUGGGACUACGGGACUACCCAAGGCUGUCGUUAGACCCAGCGGCGGUAAUGCUGUAGUUCUGAAUUGGUCCAUGAAAAAUAUAUACGGUUUAGAACCUGAUGACGUUUGGUUUGCGGCGUCGGAUUUAGGUUGGGUUGUUGGACACUCAUAUAUUGUUUAUGCACCACUUUUACAUAGAAAUACAACAAUACUAUACGAGGGUAAACCGGUUAAUACCCCUAAUCCGGGCGCCUAUUUCCGAAUGUUCUCGGAGCACAACGUAACGGCUAUGUUUGUCGCCCCUACCGCAUUAAGAGCUAUUAGGAGGGAAGAUCCGGACGCAGAUUACGUUAAACCGUAUAGUUUUCCAAAUUUGAAGUAUCUCUUCGUUGCCGGAGAGCAUUGCGACCAUGAAACUAUGGAGUGGAUCAGAAAUAUAAUUAAAGUACCAAUUUUGGAUAAUUGGUGGCAAACUGAAACUGGAUCAGCUAUUACAGCUACUAAUGUAGGCCUCGGGAAUGAUCUAUAUCCACCUUCAGGCGUUGCCGGUAAACCAGUACCAGGAUGGGAUUUACGUGUCAUUCGCAAAGACACUACUGAAUGUAACAAUUACGAAUUAGGUCAAAUUGUUGCCAAGCUGCCUUUACCUCCAACGUGCCUUUCUACUCUUUGGGAAGCAGAUGAUCGAUUUCAAGAAUUAUAUUUCUCCAAAUAUCCAGGCUAUUACGAUACAAUGGACUCUGGUUACAGAGAUGAAUUCGGAAAUAUUGCAGUUAUGGCCAGAUCGGAUGAUGUUAUCAACGUUGCCGGACACCGUUUGUCGACAGGUCAAUUAGAAGAAGCUAUUCUUGAAGAUGAUGAAUUAGCCGAAUGCGCUGUGGUUGGAACUCCUGAUCCAGUUAAAGGACAAGUUCCAUUAGGCUUGGUUGUAUUAAAGCACGGUCAAGCCGAUAACCCAGAAAAGAUUAAAGACAGAGUAAUAAAAGCUGUAAGAGAGCAUGUUGGACCAGUAGCUGCUUUCAAGACAGUCGUCAUUGUACCCGGUCUACCGAAGACAAGAUCAGGAAAAAUAGCAAGGAAUACGAUAGCAGCAAUGGCGGCAGGAAAACCUUUUAAAAUUCCUGUAACGAUAGAGAAUCCAAAUAUCUAUUUGGAUAUGGAGAAAGCAUUCAUUGAGGCUGGCUUUAACCCCACACCGCCACCAGUUUAG